AUGCUUUUUACGAAGCUUGCUGGACCUGAGAGGAAGAGAGAACUAUCAGAUACAGAUGUCCAAUCAGCAGUAUGGGAGGUCUGUGGUGAUUCUGGAGCUUUACAAUUGCUUGUUGAUCUUCUUCGUGUGAAGUUGAUGAAUCUUGAAGAGGCUUCUGGAACAGAUGAAAAUGACAUUGAUUUGCUCAAGAAAGCCAUUAUUAUUGAUAGCCAAGAAGAUAGCAAACAAUGCAUGAGCAAUUUAAGCACAAAGACAAAUGACUCGGAGGAACCAAAGUUGAUGACUAGAAACAAGUGGUCUGCUAUAGUGUAUAGGCGUGGACAGAAGCAGCUGACAAGGUUAUUCUUGAAAGAAGCAGAACAUGCUUUGCAGUUAUCACUGAAUGAAGAAGAGGUGACUUCUCCUUGA